UCCUGACCUGUGGACACCAUGGUUGCCACCACCACCAGCAUCCGCCAGUUCUCCACCUACGGCUCCGUCAAGGGCCUGUGUGUGCCCGGUGGGGGCUUCUCUCAGAUGUCCUCCGUUCGUGUUGGGGGCGCCUGCCAGGCCCCCAGUCUCCUGGGAGGUGGCAGCUGUGGCAACGUGUCGGUCACCUCAUCCCGCUUCUCGGCAGGCUUGGGGGGUGGCUACGGUGGGGGCUACACCUGCAGCCUGGGUGGGGGCUUCGGCUCCAGUUUCGGCGCGGGCUUCGGCUCUGGCUUUGGCGCCUCGGACGCCCUGCUGGGGGGCAGUGAGAAGGAGACCAUGCAGAACCUCAACGACCGCCUGGCCUCCUACCUGGACAAGGUGCGCGCCCUGGAGGAGGCCAACGGCGACCUGGAGGUGAAGAUCCGCGGCUGGUACCAGAAGCAGGGGCCCGGGCCCGCCCGCGACUACAGCCACUUCUUCAAGACCAUCGAGGAGCUGCGGGACAAGAUCCUGGCGGCCACCAUCGACAACGCCAGCUUGGUGCUGCAGAUCGACAACGCCCGCCUGGCAGCUGAUGACUUCCGCACCAAGUAUGAGACGGAGCUGACCCUGCGCAUGAGUGUGGAGGCCGACACCAACGGCCUGCGCCGGGUGCUGGACGAGCUGACCCUGGCCAGAGCUGACCUGGAGAUGCAGAUCGAGACCCUGAAGGAGGAACUGGUCUACCUGAAGAAGAACCACGAGGAGGAAAUGAACGCCCUGCGGGGUCAGAACGGUGGGGACGUCAGUGUGGAGAUGGAUGCUGCCCCCGGUGUGGACCUGAGCCGCAUCCUGAACGAGAUGCGUGACCAGUACGAGCAGAUGGCCGAGAAGCACCGCAAGGACGCCGAGGACUGGUUCUUCAGCAAGACGGAGGAGCUGACCCGGGAGGUGGCCACCGACACCGAGGCCCUGCAGAGUAGCCGGACGGAGAUCACGGAGCUCCGCCGCUCCGUGCAGAAUCUGGAGAUUGAGCUGCAGUCCCAGCUCAGCAUGAAAGCCUCGCUGGAGGGCAGCCUGGCGGAGACAGAGGCCCGCUACGGGGCCCAGCUGGCCCAGUUGCAGGGGCUCAUCGGCAGCAUCGAGCAGCAGCUGUGUGAGCUGCGCUGUGACAUGGAGCGCCAGAACCAGGAGUACCAGGUGCUGCUGGACGUGAAGACGCGGCUGGAGCAGGAGAUCGCCACCUACCGCCGCCUGCUGGAGGGCGAGGACGCCCACCUGGCCACCCAGUACUCCUCUUCCCUGAUCUCACAGCCCACCCGGGAAGCCACAGUGGCCACCCGCCAGGUGCGCACCAUAAUGGAAGAAGUCCAGGACGGCAAGGUGGUCUCCUCCCGAGAGCAGGUCCACCGCUCCACCCACUGAGGCCCCUUUCCACCUGUGACGGCCCAGCCUCGAGGGUCAUGGGGUAGCCCCAUCGCCUCGGGCUCCCAGCAUGCUACUGCCGCACCCCGAGUGCCCAUCUGGGCCACCACCCAAAUGCAGUUGCCUUUCUGUAUCUGCUUUCUGCAGCCCCUCCCCGAGGGGGCCU